AUCUCCUAUCUAUAGUAACAACACUAUUUAUAAAGUCCCUAAAUAUAAUACUUUCAUCCCCUUCCUUCCCUCACUCCACUCCAAUCCAAACCAUAGCCUGAGAAACCAAUAUUUACACACCAAACAGAAACAAAAACACCCAAAAAAGCAAUAAGAAAUAACAAAAUCUGUCCUUUUUGGAUAACAACACUAAUGUUUUUCUCUUUAUAUUGGUGAUGAUUCUUGGCACUUGUUCUGUUUUUGCUGAAUUGCUGCUAUAUAUGGCUUCUUCUACUCCUCAACUGAGAACAGGAUUUUUGACCUGUCAAAGAAUAUAGCUUUCGAUCCAAUGGAGCAAUAUUUUUGACCAAGGAUGGAUCCUCAGGCUUUUAUUAGGUUGUCAAUAGGCUCACUAGGAUUGAGAAUUCCUGGGACAGCUUUAAACUCUACAAAGUCUGAGAUUCAUGCGUUCUCUUCCCCAUGUUCAUGUGAAAUUCGUCUUCGAGGUUUCCCCGUGCAAACAACAUCAGUGCCCUUAUUAUCUUCUCCCGAAGCCACACCCGAUUCUCAUAGUAUUGCCUCAAGUUUUUAUCUUGAAGAUUCCGAUCUGAAAGCGUUACUUGCACCUGGCUGUUUCUAUAGCACUCAUGCUUGCCUGGAAAUCGCUGUUUACACGGGGAAGAAGGAAUCCUCCCAUUGUGGUGUUGGUAUUAAAAGGCAGCAAAUUGGGACUUUUAAGCUCGAGGUCAGUCCUGAGUGGGGUGAAGGGAAGCCGGUGAUUCUUUUCAAUGGGUGGAUAGGUAUUGGUAAAAACAAGCAAGAGACUGGAAAACAGGGUGUAGAGCUUCACUUGAGAGUGAAAGUGGAUCCUGAUCCUAGAUAUGUUUUCCAAUUUGAAGAUGUAACCAGAUUGAGUCCUCAAAUAUUUCAGCUUCAAGGCUCCAUCAAGCAGCGUAUUUUUAGUUGCAAGUUUAGCCGGGACAGGGUGCCCCAGGUAGACCCUUUGUGCAAUUACUGGUCUGGUUCUACUGAUAAUGCUGACCUUGAGGCCGAAAGGCGAGAACGGAAGGGAUGGAAGGUGAAGAUACAUGAUCUAUCUGGCUCAGCUGUUGCAGCAGCCUUCAUGACAACUCCAUUUGUGCCAUCAACAGGUUGUGAUUGGGUAGCAAAGUCCAACCCGGGAGCUUGGUUGAUUGUUCGGCCUGAUGUUUGCAGGGCAGAAAGCUGGCAGCCAUGGGGAAAGCUCGAGGCGUGGCGUGAACGUGGCAUAAGGGAUUCUGUUUGCUGCAGAUUUCGCCUUAUGUCCGAAGGUCAGGAAGUAGGGGAGCUUCUCAUGUCUGAGAUUUACAUAAAUACAGAAAAGGGAGGCGAGUUUUUCAUAGACACUGACAGACAGAUGCCAGCUGCUGCAGCAAGUCCAAUCCCAAGCCCGCAGAGCAGCGGAGACUUUGCAGCACUGGGUACAGUUGUUGGCGGGUUUGUCAUGAGCUGUAGGGUGCAAGGUGAGGGGAAGAGCAGCAAGCCAUUGGUACAACUUGCCAUGCGCCAUGUGACGUGCGUCGAGGAUGCAGCCAUCUUCAUGGCUCUUGCAGCUGCUGUGGAUCUCAGCAUUGAGGCGUGUCGGCCUUUCCGCCGGAAGAUGAAGAAGGGGUCUUGUCAUUCUUUAUGAAAAGAAAAGAGUGCCAUGAAUACAUAACUCUACUGUCUUUUUAAUUGCUGUGACAUCUGGGAUUGUGUAUAGUACAGGAGGAACUCAAUUGUGAUUUUCUGUAGAACAUGUUAAAUGCAUUCAUGUUAGUAUAGCAGUUUGGAUUCUCAUUUCA